AUGGCUCCGCUGACACGGAAGAAAACUGGAAAGUUUCUGGGCUCGGCCCUGAACAUCACCAACCGCUACCGGGUCAACAGUAGCAGCUUGAGCAAAGUGAGCCUCGCCAUUACGAAUCUGAAAGUGAUCCAGAACGCACCGUUGCCGCCGCCGAUCAGUGCGAUGCUUGCGUCGGACAUUCCGCCCGUGUGCAAGUUCCUGCCGUCGUAUCGGCUCUGCUCGCGUAAUCCUUUCAACCGUGAGGCGUGCGAAGUAAUAAUGCGCGAGUCACUGGAUAAGUCGUUGCAGGGCGUGGAAUACAGCUCGUACUUUGCGCCUUCCUUGUGCCAGCAGAUCUGCGAGGACAUUAAGUCGCGCGUCAAGGAGCUUAAGUUUGACAGUUGUAUACCUAGCUAUUCACGAUUUCGACCUGGCAAGGGUUAA